UCCGUUCUCGUUCGCGCGUCUCGCGAGUGUUAGGGUGAUUGGCGGAGGCGGUGCAGCUUCGCGGGGCUUGAGGUUGCUGAGGCCGAGGUGACAGCUUGGCCCACUAGAGCAGAGACUAUGUUUCGGGUGGCGGCUCCAGGGCAGCUCCGGAGGGCGGCUUCAUUGCUCCGAUUUCAGAGUACCCUGGUAAUAGCUGAGCAUGCAGAUGACUCGCUAGCACCUAUUACCUUAAAUACCAUCACUGCAGCCAAACAUCUUGGAGGUGAAGUGUCUUGCUUAGUUGCUGGAACCAAAUGUGACAAGGUGGCACAAGAUCUCUGUAAAGUAGCAGGUGUAGCAAAAGUUCUGGUGGCUCAGCAUGAUGCUUACAAAGGCCUCCUUCCAGAGGAACUAACACCACUGAUUUUGGCAACUCAGAAGCAAUUCAAUUACACACACAUCUGUGCUGGAGCAUCUGCCUUUGGAAAGAACCUUCUGCCCAGAAUAGCAGCAAAACUUGAUGUUGCCCCAAUUUCUGACAUCAUUGCAAUCAAGUCACCUGACACAUUUGUGAGAACUAUUUAUGCAGGAAAUGCUUUAUGUACAGUGAAGUGUGAUGAGAAAGUGAAGGUGUUUUCUGUCCGAGGAACAUCUUUUGAAGCUGCAGCAACAAGUGGAGGUAGUGCCAGUUCAGAAAAGGCAUCAAGUACUUCGCCAGUGGGAGUGUCAGAGUGGCUUGACCAGAAAUUAACGAAAAGUGAUCGACCAGAGCUAACUGGUGCCAAAGUAGUGGUGUCUGGUGGUCGGGGUUUGAAGAGUGGAGAAAAUUUUAAGCUAUUGUAUGACUUGGCAGAUCAACUUCAUGCUGCAGUUGGUGCUUCCCGUGCUGCUGUUGAUGCUGGCUUUGUUCCCAAUGACAUGCAAGUUGGUCAGACAGGAAAAAUAGUAGCACCAGAGCUGUAUAUUGCUGUCGGAAUAUCUGGAGCUAUCCAACAUUUAGCUGGGAUGAAAGACAGCAAGACAAUUGUGGCUAUCAACAAAGACCCAGAAGCUCCAAUUUUCCAAGUAGCAGAUUAUGGAAUAGUUGCAGAUUUAUUUAAGGUGGUUCCUGAAAUGACCGAACUAUUGAAGAAAAAAUGAAUCAUGCUCAUGUGUCGAGAAGGAACGCUAUGUCAGAGUAUUCAACUGAAAUCACAGAAAUUUACAAUUUGAUGAAAAAAUUUAACAGCAGCCAGAUGCUUUUUAUGGGAUUAUUAUUAUAUUUCUUUUUAAUUAUGUGUAGUUCCAAAUAAUUAUUUUUUGAAAUUUUCUAAUUCUGUAAUAAAAUCUGUAAUAAAGCCUUAACUACAGCUUUAAAGCUACUAUCAGA